CUUAAAUCGGAAGGGAGCUGCUUCUCUGUGGUCUUGACAAGCGCUGCCUGGGCUCCGCCGGCUCAGUAAUAACUGAGUGACCUUUUCUUUGGCUGUAUUAUGUCUGGCUGGGAAGGGAUUGCAUUUUGCUGCUGAGAGCCGGGGCUUCUUCAGCUCGGCUCCUCGCACGCUGCUGGGGUAAGUUGUCUUGAGCCCGGACGGAGAGAGACAGCCUCGGACUGCAGUUGCCUAAAAGGAGAACACCUGUGGCUCAGAUGCGGUCAACACCAUUACUUGGCGGAUCCUUGAGGACCUCAUUAUUUUAAACUUAAAAAAUAGAGAUUCCCUCCCCCCCCCCCCUUUUUUUCAAACAAUGCUUCUUUUUGACCUUUCCCAAGGAGAAGCGCUACAAAGCAGCCACUGUGCUUACUGAACGGCCUCCCCCUGUAUCGCUUAAUUGAGAAGGUAUACAAAUGCUCUCAGUUCAGCCAGACACCAAGCCGAAAGGUUGUGCUGGCUGCAACCGAAAGAUCAAGGACCGGUAUCUUCUAAAGGCACUGGACAAAUACUGGCAUGAGGACUGCCUGAAGUGCGCCUGCUGCGACUGUCGAUUGGGAGAGGUGGGCUCCACCCUGUACACUAAAGCUAAUCUUAUCCUUUGUCGCAGAGACUACCUGAGGCUUUUCGGGGUAACAGGAAACUGUGCUGCCUGUAGCAAGCUCAUUCCUGCCUUUGAGAUGGUGAUGCGUGCCAAGGAUAAUGUCUACCACCUGGACUGCUUUGCCUGUCAGCUCUGUAACCAGAGAUUUUGUGUUGGAGACAAAUUUUUCCUGAAGAAUAACAUGAUCCUUUGCCAGACGGACUACGAGGAAGGUUUAAUGAAAGAAGGUUAUGCACCCCAGGUUCGCUGAUCUAUCAACAGCACCCCAUUACAAAUACAAAGCACUACAUUCUUUUAUCUUUUUUGCUCCACAUGUAUAUAAGAAUUGACACAGGAGCCGACUGAAUAGCGUAGAUAUAGGGAAGCAGGAUGGUUAUAUGGAAUAAAAGGCGGACUGCAUCUGUAUGUAGUGAAAUUGCCCCAGUUCAGAGUUGAAUGUUUAUUAUUAAAGAAAAAAGUAAUGUACAUAUUGCUGGAUUUUUUUGCUUGCUAUUCGUUUUUGUGUCACUUGGCAUGAGAUGUUUAUUUUGGACUAUUGUAUAUAAUGUAUUGUAAUAUUUGAAGCACAAAUGUAAUACAGUUUUAUUGUGUUACCAUUUGUGUUCUGUUUGCUUCUUUGUAUUGUUGCAUUUAGUACAAUCAGUGUUUAAACUUACUGUAUAUUUAUGCUUUCUGUAUCUACCAGCUAUUUUAAAUGAGCUGUAACUUUCUAGUAAAGAAUUGAAGAGAAAAUCUCACUAAUGAUACACAGAUAGAUAAAGCAAGUCUAUCAACAUUAAAAAUACUAAAAAAUAAAGACACACACAAAGCAUUUUAGUGACAUCUACUACUUACUGCCACUAUGAUUUAGAGUCUAUCAGUGUUCUCAUUAUAACCCCCUAUUUUCAGGGGGUUAAAGAUCAGCUUUAAAAAAAAUGCAUAAAAAGUUCAUCCUAAAGCACUUUGAUUUUAUACCAACGUGAAAAGUGCCAUUUUUGAAAUAACUUUAAAGCUUAACAAUUAUCCUUUCAAUAUCCUUUUUUGUGCUCACCGACACAAUAGCUUUAUCUUAUUUUUCCAGCCACACCCCCCUAUGUGAACUAGUGCCUUUGGGUAUCAUGUAAAAUUUUUCCAAAGGGUUACUUUAAAAAAGUGUUGCCACAAUUUUGAGAUAAUUUUAAAAUGAUAAAUUUCUUGUAUAAAUGUUGCCCAGAUUUCUCCACAGGAGCUAAGGGUUUAAUAACUUUAUGGCUAAAUGAAUUUAUGGCACUGAAAAGAUCUGAGUGUGAAUCUACUGAAAUGAUGGUAAUGCACAUUGAAGCUAUGAUGGUACUUGAGUAGUGAGGUUACUUUUGAUCAGAGCAACAUCAUGCUUGUAGAAUGUUCUAGAAGAAGAGAAACAAAAGAAUUGAUAAAAAAAAAAAACUGAGAACUGGUGAUUUUCUAUUUUUCUGUAUUUGCCUACCAUUUAUUUUAAUGUUCAAAAAAUGAAUGCUUUAAGUUCGAUAUGUCAUAUUUUCUCAUCACUUAAAGUAAUUACCAACUCAGAAUAUCUUACACUUAGGCUAAAUUCUGUCACUCCAUUUUUGAAAGGUGAAAUAUAGUUCCUUUACCUUAAUGAUAGCUGAUAAAAAGAAAGCUCUAGAAACAGAAAUUAUGGAGAAUGAUUAUUUAAAUUAUAACUAAGGAAAUAAAAAUGAGAAUAUGGCCCCUUCUGGGUUGCUCACACUUUCCUUCUUGUCUCUGUAAAGGAACUCCUUCUCAACAAAUCUCAUUCCACACAUUCACAAUGAACCACAUUUUUACUAGAGCAAACAGUGCUGUGGGUUUUCUUUCUUUACUUUUCCUUGAUCGCUUGUAAAGGGAACAGUAUUUCCCAGUGUUAUUUGCAUACAUAUUUUGUCCUGCCAAUAUAUGCAUUACAAUGAAAAUUACAUGUUAUACCUGAAUUCUUGGUUUGGGGCCAAAAUAUUAAACUGAAGAUAAUGCUGGUGUGGA